UACUUCUAUUGAUUUUUUAACAGUUGGUUUGUCGUUCCUUUUUUCAGUUGAAGAUAUGGAGAAAUUUUUGAUAAAUUUGAAAAGAAAAGCUCCAUCAUCACAUCCUCCAUCAUCACCUCCCCCAUCAUCAUCUCAGAGUGAUUUAGAUGAUCUAGAUAAUUUACCAUGGGAUCCUGCUGAUCGGAAAAGAAUAUCAGAAUAUAAUGCGAAUCAAAAGAAUGAGGUAAUCAGAAAAUAUUUGAUGAGAGGUCCUUGUCAACCUCGUGGUCAUAUUUUCAAACAAUCAAUGAAAGGAGGCGUGCUAAGACGCUUUAAUCCUGCUUGGUUUGAUCAGUUUCCAAAUUGGUUAGAAUACAGUGUGAAGAAAGAUGCAGCUUUUUGUCUAUAUUGUUACUUGUUCAGAGACAAUGCUGGUAAAGGUGGAAGAAAUGAUGCAUGGACCAUUGACGGUUUUUCUAGCUGGAAUAAAGCUAAAAAUAUUUCAGAGCAUGUAGGAGCUGUUAACAGUUUUCACAACAAUGCAGCAAUGAAGUGUGAAAACUUGAUGAAGCAAGGUCAGUCUAUCAAGCAUGCUUUUCAUAAACAAGAUGAUAUCACGAAAAAUGAGUAUCGCAUUCGAUUAAAUGCUUCUAUUGAUGCUUCAAGAUUCUUGUUGCGCCAAGGGUUACCUUUUCGUGGGCAUGAAGAGAAAGACGAAACUGCUAAUAAUGGUAACUUUGUUGAACUCUUGAAAUACACUGCCGAGCAAAAUGAAGAUGUGAGUAAGGUUGUUUUAAGAAAUGCUCCUGGAAACAAUCAGAUGAUUUCUCCAAAGAUUCAGAAAGAUAUUGUCCAGUGUUUUGCAGAAGAGCUAAUCAAAAGCAUUAUUGAUGAAAUUGAUCAUGAUGUAUUUGGUUUGUUGGUGGAUGAGUCUGCUGAUGUUUCUUAUAAAGAACAAAUGGCAGUUGUGUUUCGGUAUGUGGACAAGAGUGGGAUAGUCAAAGAGAGAUUCAUAAGUCUUACUCAUGUAAGUGAUACAUCUUCAUCAUCUUUGAAAUCUGCAAUUGAUUCUUUGUUUGCUAAGUAUGGAUUAAGCAUUACAAAGGUGAGAGGGCAAGGUUAUGAUGGUGCAAGUAACAUGAAGGGUGAGUUCAAUGGGCUAAGGUCAUUAAUCUCAAAGGAAAACACAUCAGCAUAUUAUGUUCAUUGCUUUGCUCAUCAGCUUCAGUUAGUUGUUGUGGCAGUUGCCAAAAAGCAUUUUGAUGUUGGAAACUUUUUUGAUAUGAUUUCUCUGCUACUGAAUGUGGUGGGAGCUUCAUGUAAGAGGAAAGAUGCGUUCAGAGAGAAUCACAAAGAAACGAUUGAGAAAGAAGUUAAUGAUGGAGAACGCAAAACUGGAAAAGGGUUAAAUCAAGAUGUUUCUGUUCAAAGACCAGGGAUGACUCGUUGGGGCUCUCACUAUAGAACUUUGCUGCGUGUGGUUGAGUGUUUUUCUUCUAUCGUUAAAGUGCUUGCAUGUGUUGAGAAGGAUGGCGCAGAUGACUCAAAAAGACGUCAAGCAUAUGGUCUCCUCAGUUAUGUGGAUAGCUUUGAUUUUGUGUUCUAUUUGCAAGUGAUGGUUCACCUUUUAGGAGUCACAAAUAGUUUGUCAUUGGCCCUUCAAAACAGAGAUCAAGAUAUUUUGAACGCAAUGUCCUUAGUAGCAUCAACGAAAAGACAGUUGCAGAAGUUUAGAGAUGAUGGAUGGAAUGCUUUUAUGCUUAAAGUUUCUUCUUUCUCUAAGAAGCAUGGUAUUGAAGAGCUUGAUAUGAAGGAAGAUUUCCUUGACACAAGGAGGCGAAGGAAAAAAACAGGAGUGACAAAUGAACAUCACUAUAAGGUUAAUUGCUUAUAUGCAAUUUUGGAUUUGCAGCUUCAAGAAUUCAACGACCGCUUUAAUGAGGUGAACACUGAACUACUUAUUUGUGCUGCUUCAUUAUCUCCCAUCGAUUUGUUCUCUCAGUUUGACCAUUCAAAACUGAUGAGAUUAUCGACUUUCUACCCAUCUGACUUUAGUCAGGGAGAGUGCAUAUCUCUUGAUCAACAGUUAGAUGUCUAUAUUGAUAACAUUCGAAGUGAUGAAAGGUUUACUCAUUUAGAAGAUCUUGGAGAACUUGCUCGUACUUUGGUGGAAACACGGAAACAUUUGUCAUUCCCUUUGGUUUAUAGGCUUCUGAAGUUGAUUUUGAUUUUGCCGGUUGCCACUGCAACUGUUGAGAGAAGUUUUUCAGCCAUGAAGAUCGUGAAGACAGAUCGACGAAAUCGGAUUGGAGAUCAGUUUCUGAAUGAUUGCUUAAUUUGUUUUAUCGAGAAAGAUGUAUUUGAAAAAAUAACGAAUGUGACUGUGAUGAAAAGAUUUCAGGAUAUGAAAGAUCGCAGAGUGCUUUUAUAAAAUAUUUGUUUUGUCUUUUUGAAUAUUUUUUUUAAUUAUAUACUGACACAUAUUAAAAAAAUUCCUGGGUCCGCCACUGCUGUUAACCAUUUGAAGAAAUACAAACCUCAAUAAAAAAUGUCACGUAGCAUGUGCUAUAUGAGUUGUUUCUAUCGUUAGUGGAUCAUGAUUGGUGGAUAUAGGAUCUUUUGGUAAAGUUCCUGAUCGACCAAUCGAAUUAGUUUGUUAUAAUGAAGUGGUUCCUGAGUUCUUAAUUAACUAUGGUGGAUAAAAACCCAAAGCAUACUUGAAAAAGAAAAACUUUAGGAAUAUAUACAGUAUGUUAUGGUAUGCAUAUUUCUUCAGAAAGUUACCAUGAAAUUGCCAUUACAUAGGUAAGUCGUAGCCAUUCUUUAAGUACAAUAACAAGAAUGUAUCAAUUCUAGCUACUAGCAUAUUUACCAAAUGAUUUGCGAUAGACUAGUUUUCUUAGAUUCUGUUACAACAUUAUUCGAGUAUUUUAGUAGUCGGGUCAUGCAAUGCAAGAUCUCAUAACGAAAAGAAAACAAAAAUGUUGGAACAUAUACGAUAUAUACUCGAAUGUAUAUUUAUGAAUUGAGAUGCGUGGAGACACAUCUGCAGGUGACUUAUAACCAUGUUAUAUGUUAUCAUAUAGUGUCUUCUUAUCAUUAUCAAUCUGAUAACAUGUGGACUUUGACAAAAUAAGCUUAUAUUUAGUGGUCGGCACGCAUGAUUUCUUUAUCAACAAUUUCUUUAUGUCUUAUUAUUAUAUUGUGAUUUGCCAAACCAGGUACCAUCGAUACCAACAAAAGAAUAAAGGUUACUACAGGCUGUUUUCCUCUCUACAAUAAUAAAAAAUAAUAUUGCGAAGACUAAAACAUAGAAGAAAAAUGACUGUCUUUUUGUCUUUUUCAACUGUAUGUUUACACUGGUUUGUCGUCGGUUUACAUUGCAAUGCCAGAGAAUGGAAGGAUCUGAGUAGUAUUACAGCCAAUAUAUAAUACAGUAUGUUACAUUAAGAUACAUUGAAUCUUGUAUUUUUUUUAGCAAAGACAAUAAUGGAAUGUAUUAAUUAUGCACUCGCACUAAGCCACUAAUAAGUCUCUUAUAAUCUUUUUUUUUAAUCUUAUAAUCUUACAACAUUCAAUUAUUUAACCGGAAAAAGGAGAGAGAGAGAGAGAGAGAAUAAACAAAUGGCGACUCGACAAGGUAUCGAUCUAUCAAAUACUUUAAUUGGAACAUCGAAAGAAACAUAUUUGUUUUUUUUUUUGUUGUCUGGUAAAUUAAUAUUGACUUGAAACAGGAUAGUACACAUGAUAGUACACAAAGCCAGCAAAGGUGAUCAAACCUCUCUGGAGUCCGAAUUCAUGAAUCAUGUCAUUUUUAGUUGUGUCAUAAUGGCGUCAGCAUAUGUGUUGUGACUCGUCAAUCGUCAUAGGUGCAGCGUAGGAUACACGUGGAGAACCUUCAUAAGAUAUUUGUAAGACAAAAAAUAAAUUCUAGCUGGUCUUUUCUGUUUUUUUUUACAUUAAAUAAUUAUUCUAUCACUUAAUUUUGAAGUGGAACUGAAUCUUUUCUGUUUAUAUUUCAAUUUUGUUAUUUUCACUUGAUUUAAUAGUAAGAGAAAAUAGAUGCAAAACCAUUACUUCUUCAUUGUUAUUUAUAAUUAUUAUAAUUCAUUUAUAAAUGAAGAAAUUAUUUCUAUAAAUAAUUAUGCCCAGCUCCACCAUAAUCCAUGAAAAUGUGACUAAAAUAGCAUAGAACUGUUGGUUACCUUACCUCCACCAACAAUAAAGUGAUCACAGAGAGCAAAUCUCAGCCGUGUAUUCAGUGCAGGGUCCUCUUUACAAUUCAAACUUUCUGUUGGUCAUUUAUUUAUGAGUUUUAUGAUGGGUCCCGUGAUCUUUAACUCUUCAUCAGUUAACAGUUUACACCGUAAAUAAUGGCUACUUUUAUUAUAAUCCAAUAUUCGAACCAAAAAGUUACACGUUCAGCCUCAGCAAUCACAUUAUUCCGUCAUUUUCAUCACGAAAAUAUACUUUCAUCAAAAUAUGCACUAUAAAAUUUCAAUAUAAGAUGUGAUGUGUGUAUCUGAAAUUGGUUGAAUGUCUAAAUAAUUCGCGAACCUUGUAUAACAAAAUGGCAAAUGAUAAAUCAGAUGCCGGAAAGAGACAACGGAACUAGAAAAAGCCAGUUGAUUUGUGAGGGCCCACACGUGGUUACAGCACCAUCUUAAAUGUAACACAUGGCGCUUACGCUUUAUUCAACUCUCUUGACUCGUAACCACGUGUCCUUCAAGAACCAGCUCCUUUUUAGGUAACGAACUAACGUCCGCCUUACGGUUGUUGUUUAUACAACUUUUUUUUUCCUCGAAAGUAAAUAUAUAUAAAGAUGAACUAAUCACAGAUACAUCAACAAAGAUUGUAACAAGCCACACAAAUCCAUAAACGGAUUAUCAACCUUUGCACACCAAAAAAUGAUUCUAAACCAAGCCAUAACUAGACAAUAGAUGCUAAACUUUCUCAGUGGAAAUAACACUUGCAAUCCAAAGGGGAGCACCUCUAGCAACAUAGAAUUGGUACCACCGAUCAGUCGAAGCACUAUCAGCAAUGAAAAAAGCACAUCUAUUAGAGCUUCUUGAUUCAACCUUGUUUUUCCAGCAUCUAAACUUUCCCAAAAAAUUCUCCAUCUUUUAAUAUAUAGAAGUAAAGGACGGCCAACUUUUUGGUCUCUCAAUGACUUUCAUGAGGACAACAUCCUCACCUGCAAUGAUAACAUUGUCUACUUUAUGAGCAAUCAUACACUCUAGUGUCCAAGCAAGAGCUUUUUCCUUUGCUUCCUCAAGUGUCACUAUAUAUAUUAACAAAAGACCUUCUGCUAUGCAGAAGGGGUUCCCCAUCACUGUCCCGAACGAUCCACGCUGCUCCCAUCGUCUGAGCUUUCUUUAACCACUUGACUCCAAAGUUACAUUUGACCCAUUUAGGAGACGGUUUUGACCAAUUUUUCUUCUGAGAUCUAACUAAUUCCUCCUCUUUUUGUUCACCCAUUUCAUCUAACUGUUGAGCCAGGAACCAUGCUGAAGCUUCAUCAUAAAUAUUAUCAACAAUCUCUACUGCCUUCUGAUCUUUAGCUUCAAAAACAAAUUUGUUCCUGUUCUUCCAAAUUAGCCAUAAAACCCAUGGGUAACACCUUCUAAUUUCCACAGGAACUCUAAUAUUCUUACUCAUUUGAAAUAGAUAAUUGAAAUUCACAAACAUGGAGUCCCUGUGAAAACCAUCCUGAAGCGCAGGAAAAUUCGACAAAGCCCAUACUUGUCUAGCCAAUUCACAAGUGAACAAGACAUGAUUUGGAGUUUCAUCUUGACUUCCACAAUGCGGACAUAACAUAUCAACUUUCAUACCUCUGGUCCUCAAGUUGCUGGCUACAGGAAUCGCACUAGAAAGAGUUCUCCACAUAAAUGCUUGAAUUUUUGGAGCCGUUAGAGAAUUCCAAACUUCUUCCUUCAAUUUGUUUAUCGAAGGCUGCAUUUCAGCUUCCUGAAGUUCAAACUUCAGGCCCUCUCUCAUAGCUAACCAGUUUCCGGACUUAACAGAGUAUUCUCCACUUUUGUUAUGUUUCCAACACCAAAAAUCUUCACAUCCUACUGCAGUUCGAAGCUUGGUUAUUAUCUCAAUGUUAACAGGAAAGAAAUUUUCCUCCAAAGCUUCUCUAUUCCAUUCCCCUGUCUCUUGGUUUAAGAGAUCACCAACCUUUAAGUCAAGAUUAAUAAUCGGAUUCUUCAUCCAAGGAUUCCAUCGUCCACCAAAAUCACACCACGGAUCAAUCCAGACUCUUAGCGAUCUUCCAUUCCCAAUCUCCUUCCUUAGUCCUCUCUUGAGCAACGUUCUACCAUGGAGAAGGCUUCUCCAUCCAUAGGAAGGUCUAACUCCAAUCUCAGCUUCAAGGAAUUCUCUGUUCUCAAAAUAUCUACUCUUCAGAACACGGGCAAUCAGAGAAUUUGGGUUUUGAAUAACUUUCCAAGCUUGAUUUGCUAACAGAGCUUGAUUAAAGCUCUCCAAAUCUUUAAACCCCAAACCCCCAAGAUCUUUUGGCAAACAGAGAGAAUCCCAUUUAACCCAGUGAAUCUUGCUUUUAUGCUCCAUCGAAUUCCACCAAAAGGAUGACAUCGCACUUGUGAGGUUCGCUAUCGUUGUUUUCGGUAGUUUAAAACAACUCAUAGCAUACACAGGGAAAGCCAAAGCCACUGCCUUAAGGAGCACUUCUGAUGUGGUCAUCAUAUCAGCAACUGAAUCGGAGGUCAACCCAAAGCCCUACUCAACCAGCCAAGGCGCAACCCAGGACAUACGUGCACUAAAAAUGCCACAUCUUACAAAACAGGAGGGUUUAAAUCACCAGGCUAAUUUUUAUGGAUUCUACACUCAAUAAGGAGUUCAGACCAAUUGGAAUUGGGCCAAAAUAUUCACGGAGCAAGAAGUUAUGAAUUUUAAAACUCAGAGGGUUCUCAGCCCGUUCAUCUGCGAGUAUCCGACUUUAGAAGGAGAUUUAAGCUCAACUAAGGAGCGGCCUGAAGCAAAUCCCGUCAUCCAAUUCAAGAGCAUUCUUUCAGCUUUCCAGAAAGCCAAAGAUCAGGAGAAAUGGACACGGAAAUCAGAAGAUAUGUUCAAUUUGCCAGAACCGGUCAAACCAGUGCUACACUCGUCUCAAUUGGAAGCUAACCGGUUCAAUCAGCUUCAAACCAGAAAUUGGCGACCAGGAGAUCAUUUCAACCAAUCAAGAGGUAUUCCAGAAGUCCUUAGCUACACCAGAACCCAGGAGAUCAGUCGGUUCAAUGGAGAAUCACUUAAAUCAAACCGGAACUAUUUAUGGAAAGAUUGGACAAUCUUUCGGUUUGAUCCAUUCCAAGCAAUUCCAAUCCAACCAGGAGAACCAGACGACAUCCAGAAUAAACCAAGACAUCCAGGAGACAUUAUACACGAGCCAGAAGAGUUCUACAACUUCAUCCCAUGCACCAGCUCA